AUGUCCCUUUACAAAUACUCAGAGGCCACCCAAAUUGGAAUCACUGCCGCUUUCUGCAUCUUGGUAAUUGUGGACCUCAUCGGCAAUACCUUGGUUUGCCUGGUAGUCUACCGCAACCGAAUAAUGCGCACCCCUAUGAACUAUCUCUUAGUCAACCUAGCGGCUUCGGAUAUAACUGUGGCGAUUUUUAUCGCGGCGCGCUAUAUCUUCCCACUGUUGUUCGAACAUCCGAAGGGAAGAGCCGGUGACGUGGUUUGCCAAUUGUUCACAGGGGAAGCAUUUGUAUGGGUCGGUGCGCUCACUUCCGCCUUCUCCCUCAUCUGCAUAGCGCUAGAGCGCUAUCUCGCCAUUAAAUUCCCCUACGACGAGCGCAAGCGGCCAACAACCGCCAAAUUAAAAUGUGUUAUUGUAUUCAGCUGA